GCUCAGCUGAUCUCACUUGACCUCAAUCCCCUCCCCCGGCAAGGAGCAGUAGACAGGCAGACAUUAUCCGGUGUCGGCGAGCAGAUCAUCUCGUACAGAAAAGGGGCGGGACUGUCAUCGUCGAGUCCGUCCACCGUGGCUGCUCUUCAUCAACGCCGUCAACGUCGUCAACGUCGUCGUCGUCGCGGCUCAAGCUCCGCCCCGGACAGCUGAUACACGUCGGAUCGAUCCGCGCCAGAGCUGCUGCCAUGCCGCGAACGGCGCUCCUCGCGAGAAGCUCCGUCGGCUCCUCGGCCAUGCCUUCGCCAAUGGAUUUGGUCGGAUCAGAGCUUAUGCACAUCCUCUACGCCUUAUUACUGUUUCUACAACUACCUAUGUCUAGUUCUGCCACACCGUGGAAAAUGAUGUGUAAUAGCGAGCAGAUAAUCGGAAAUUCAAAUGCUCAAGUUGCACCAGGGACGAUGUUCACACCGUGGAGCGACGAUUUUUGCUCUGGAGGGACACCGCCACCGAACACGUAUUUCAUAUGCAACGAAUGCCGCAAGUGCCUAUCAAAGCUGCAAAGUCUGCCAAGCAAUGUCUUAGUGAUAUCGAGGGACCAACCACCGCCUGGAUUGGCUGCAAUUUGGUUCCAAAGCACUGCCAGUGUUGUGCUGGGGACUUGCACAUUGAAUGAUGCGGUCUCAGCCAUCGACGGCGAUGGAUCCACAGAUGCGCUGCGAAGUUUCUCGAAAACAUCAGUGCUGUUCGUGUCAAUUAGCUUCAUCAUUCUGAUGGUGAUCUCACUAGCCUGGCUAGUCUUCUACUAUGUGCAACGUUUCCGCUAUGCUCAUGCAAAGGACAGGCUGCAGAGGAGGCUGUUCAAUGCGGCUCGCAAAGCGUUGAUGCGUAUACCGACAAGAUGUCUGAAAGUUGGCGAUCCCGAGUUGGACAUCGACUGUGCCGUAUGCAUCGAUCCGUACCAAAUAGGCGACGUUGUGCGAACACUGCCAUGCAGGCACGUCUAUCACAAAUCUUGUAUAGACCCUUGGCUGCUAGAACAUCGAACAUGUCCAAUGUGCAAAGCAGAUAUUUUGAAGUACUUUGGUUAUCAGGUGUCCACAUCCGGUGGUGGAGACCCUUCACGUAUGGAAGCAGACCGUGAUCGAGAAGAAUCACCGGAACCGCCGAGUUCUUCGGAAAGCAAUGGUGCCUAUGGUUUUCCACCGGCAAAUGAUCUACAAGAUGCCUUUCACUUCACACCGACUACUUCACCACAGUUGGUUAUGAGCGCAAGCAGCGCAAAGGCAUUUACAAUCGUGCCACUUACCGUGCAUUCAAAAACUUUGCCACCAAUCGUCAGUGCAGAACAAGGCACUAGUAGGGGCGAGAGAGCUUCUUCGGCUGGAGUGGUUGAAGGUCGUGUAGGAUCUGUUCGAGUUAUGAAUCAGGGGCAAGUCGUCAACCUAGUACAGGUGCGUACGCGUGCGAUGAGCACCACUGGGACCCGAGCGGCCACCCUUCGCAAGGCCGAACGUCCACCAAGCCAACCGACACCAGUCGAGAACAACGAUAACACCACCGAGGUGGUCUGAAAGCUCAGGAUUCGGUCCCUAUUGUUCUCCUUUCCGAAGCUCUUUUGCCAUAUAUAUAUCGUGACAACUACACUCUUCGCUCUCUGCAUAAUCUCCUAUGCUUUCAUUCAUUUCGAUCUCAAACUUCAGGGUUGACAUUCGCAACACAUAGCCGAAUACCCUGUAUAGCAUCAUAUGAUAUGAUGAAUCGCUUUGGAAACGCGAGAAAAUUUCUAUUUCUAUUUCCUCUUCUCCUGUACGGGUGUAUGAAUAUCUAAUUUCUAGCAAUAUAAGGUAGCCAAUAUUGGAAUUUUUUUCUGCUCUUCUGUGUAUAUAGUCUGUCUGACUGACUAGCAAGCUUUAGUCCUCAGGACUACGUUUUCUUUUUCUAUCGUUUCGAUGUCAGAAGUGCAACAUUUUGAUGCGGUUCUGUGUGGUUUCCGGUUGUGCCUCCAAGAUGAUGAUAUGUGUCACGUUGAUGAACGUUUUAUUCAUGCU